AUGAAAGUGCUCAGUUUUGCUGAUUGCCUUCAGCGCUGUUAAAAUAGCGCCACGCCUGUAGAAAUUAAAAGUCACCCUAAGAGGAGAGGGGCUGGGCUAAGGGAUUUCCCCCUCCCUGCCCACCAUUUCCCUCAGCCAGCCGAUUUCCUGUGGGGGAGGGGAAGCAGCCACUGCAUUGAUCCUUCCCCGAGCUGUCUAAAGGCGCUUCUGCGGUGUUCCUCGGUGAGAUCUCCGAGAAAAGGGGCAGGAGCAGCCGCCGCCGCCAGGAUGUUUUCUUUUAAUAUGUUUGAUCAUCCAAUCCCCCGGGUUUUCCAGAACCGCUUUUCAACCCAGUAUCGUUGCUUCUCAGUAUCCAUGCUUGCAGGACCUAAUGACAGGUCAGAUGUGGAGAAAGGCGGGAAGAUAAUUAUGCCACCAUCUGCCUUGGAUCAACUCAGUCGACUUAACAUUACGUACCCUAUGUUGUUUAAGCUGACUAAUAAAAAUUCAGAUCGAAUGACGCAUUGUGGUGUGCUAGAAUUUGUGGCUGAUGAAGGCAUUUGUUACCUUCCACAUUGGAUGAUGCAGAAUUUGCUUCUGGAGGAAGGAGGCCUGGUGCAGGUAGAGAGUGUUAAUCUUCAAGUGGCUACUUACUCAAAAUUUCAACCACAAAGUCCAGAUUUCCUUGACAUCACCAAUCCCAAAGCUGUAUUAGAAAAUGCUUUGAGAAACUUUGCUUGUCUAACCACUGGGGAUGUUAUUGCCAUCAACUACAAUGAGAAGAUCUACGAGCUUCGGGUAAUGGAGACCAAACCUGAUAAAGCUGUGUCCAUCAUAGAGUGUGAUAUGAAUGUGGAUUUUGAUGCACCUUUGGGAUACAAAGAACCAGAAAGACACACACAACAUGAGGAGAGCACAGACGUUGAAGCAGACCACAGUGGCUAUGUGAGCGACCUAGGAUUUCGUGCAUUCUCUGGCUCUGGGAACAGGCUAGAUGGCAAGAAGAAAGGUGUCGAGCCUAGUCCCUCGCCAAUUAAACCAGGAGACAUUCGAAGAGGAAUACCCAAUUAUGACUUCAAAAUCGGUAGGAUCACAUUUAUUAGAAAUUCACGACCACUAGUCAAGAAAGUUGAAGAGGAUGACUCUGGCAGCCGGUUCAUUGCAUUUUCAGGAGAAGGCCAGUCCCUGCGCAAGAAGGGAAGAAAACCAUAAAUUAUGGAAUCUUUUGGCCAAUUGGGGAGAAUAAAAUAACAUUGCAGUGCA